AUGUCGAAGGACGAAGGAACGGUCGUUUCCGAUCUGAUCAACUUUCUCAACGCAUCUCCAACUGCUUUCCACGCCGUCGACGAGGCCAAGAAACAGUUGCAAGCCGUCGGAUACGAACAAAUCUCGGAGAAGGAAGUUUGGGAACUAAAAGCCGGUCACAAAUACUUCUUAACCAGAAACCAUUCCACCAUCGUCGCUUUCGCCGUUGGCAAAAGAUAUGUUGCUGGAAAUGGAUUCCAUAUAAUUGGUGCUCACACCGAUAGUCCUUGUUUGAAACUGAAACCGGUGUCAAAGGUGGUUAAGGGUGGAAUAUUGGAGGUUGGUGUUCAAACCUAUGGAGGAGGUUUAUGGUACACGUGGUUUGAUCGGGAUUUGACUGUGGCUGGGAGGGUUAUCUUAAAAAGAGAAAAUGCUGGCUCUGUUUCGUAUUCGCAUCGCCUUGUUAGAAUUGAGGAACCUAUAAUGCGUGUCCCCACUUUGGCAAUUCACUUAGACAGAGGUGUUAAUGAUGGAUUCAAAGUAAACACGCAGACUCAUCUUGUUCCCAUUCUUGCAACGUCUCUAAAGGCAGAGGUUAAUAAAGUGUCCUCUGAAAACGGUUCAGUUGAAAGUGGAAAGCAGAAUGACGGAAAGAAAGAAAAUGAUAAAACAGGGUCUAGCAAUGCAAAGCACCACCCUAUACUUUUACAGUUGCUUGCAAGUAAACUUGAGUGUGAACCAGAUGACAUUUGUGAUUUUGAAUUGCAAGCUUGUGAUACACAACCAAGCAUAAUUGCUGGAGCCGCCAAGGAGUUCGUAUUUUCAGGACGACUUGAUAACCUCUGCAUGUCAUUUUGCUCGUUGAAGGCAUUAAUAGAUGCUACAUCCUCUGACAGCAAUCUUGAGGAAGAGCCUGGCAUUAGAAUGGUGGCUUUGUUUGACCAUGAGGAAUGUGGAUCUAACUCUGCUCAAGGAGCUGGCUCUCCUGUAGUGCUAGAUGUUUUAUCGAGGAUUACACAUUCCUUCAGCCCAAAUUCCAAGCUUCUCGAGAAAGCAGUACAGAAAAGCUUCCUUGUAUCUGCUGAUAUGGCACAUGCACUACACCCGAAUUACAUGGACAGGCAUGAAGAAAACCAUCAGCCUAAACUACAUGGAGGACUUGUCAUUAAGCAAAAUGCAAACCAACGCUAUGCAACCAAUGCUGUCACAUCCUUCAUUUUUAGGGAGAUAGCAUCAAAACAUAAUCUUCCUGUUCAGGACUUUGUGGUGCGCAAUGACAUGGCCUGCGGUUCAACAAUUGGUCCUAUUCUCGCAAGUGGCAUAGGUAUUCGAACUAUCGAUGUAGGUGCACCGCAGUUGUCAAUGCAUAGCAUCCGAGAAAUGUGUGCUGUUGAUGAUGUGAAAUACUCAUACGAACAUUUCAAGGCCUUUUUCCAGGAAUUCUCUCUUCUCGAUGCUAAUAUUGUUGUGGACAUAUAG